UGAAGUCAAAGUCGUAAUCAAGGAACGCCCAUCAUUAUUUCUUGACCAUCAAAACGCGACAAAAGGAUGGAGAAAAGGUGAUCACGGCCGAAUCAGAAGCUUCGUAGGACCUCCUGUGCGAAUAAGUGGUUGGCUGGAAGCCGAAGCCGUUACCGACCUGAGUGGGAACCGUGCAACGGCCGUUGGGAAUCGUAAGAAGGAGGCUGGAGGAGAGUAGGAGACGCUUCCUCUCUAUAAAAAACAGAGGGGCAUUGCGAAGAGGAUUUGGAAAUCGAAGGAGAAAGAGAGGAGCACUGCUAUUGUUAGCCGAUUUCCUGAAGACCAGGCCCCUGGCCCUAAUCCCAGAAACGCCUUUUUUCUAUUUUUUGGGAUUUUUUGGGCGCAUUGUUCUUUGAUUUUUAGCUUGGAGAUAUAUAUAAAUCUCAACAUCAAGGGUUAGAAAGUUGAAUUGGAGACAAGGGAACUCCUCUUCAUGGGGCAGGAGAAUUCAGAUAAUCUAUUCGAUGUUCCAGAUGGAGUUUUGCCUGCUGGAUAUGAUUCAGAAUCCAAAGGCUAUCAGACUGUUAUCGUCAAUGACAAGAUCUAUGUGAUUGGAGGGUCCAGUGAUGGAGCAAGAUUGUCAAUUGAUGUCAAAAUUUUUGACAAGUCAACAGGAAAAUGGUUGAUUCCUACCAUAUUGGGUUCGAAACCAAUGCCAUCUAAAGGCCACUCAUCUAUUCCUGUGAACAAUGAUCAGAUUUUAAUUCUCAAGGGGGAUUGUUCUGCAGCUGACUGUUUCUGGUUUCUUGAGGUGGACACCCCAUAUGUAAGAGAACAAGCGAAGUUACUUGGCACUGAUGUGGUUGCUUGGACCAAGGGGGUUGUAGGUGAUGGCCCAAAGCCUGUAGUCAUCAGUGGACCCUCUGGAGUAGGUAAAGGCACACUAAUAGCAAAACUUAUGAAAGAAUUCCCAACAACUUUUGGAUUUUCUGUGAGUCACACAACCCGAGCCCCAAGAGAGAAGGAGAUAAAUGGAGUUCACUACCACUUCACUGAACGAAGCAUCAUGGAGAAAGAGAUAAGAGAGGCAAAAUUCCUUGAAUCAGCAUUAGUUCAUGGAAAUCUUUAUGGAACGAGUAUCGAAGCAGUUGAAGCAGUUACAGAUGCUGGAAAGAGAUGUAUUCUUGAUAUCGAUGUUCAAGGUGCUAGAACUGUCAGGGCUGGUUCCCUUGAUGCAUCAUUUAUCUUCAUCUGCCCACCAUCAUUUGAGGAGCUUGAGAAGCGUCUUCGUGCAAGGGGAACUGAGACUGAGGAACAGAUCCAAAAAAGACUUAGAAAUGCAAGGGCGGAACUUGAUGAAGGAAAAUCUGUGGGUCUCUUUGAUCAUAUCUUGGUGAAUGAUGACCUGGAAACAUGUUAUGAGAAUCUCAAGAAAUUACUUGCUUUAAAUGACAGAACUGAUGCUAAUUAUCAGCCAACUGCGAAAAGUUUCAAAAUUCCUCUGAGUCACUCAAUAUCAAACAAAGAUCAAAAAUUUCUGAUACACUGCAGAACUUCUGAACUGGGAAAAGAACGCACUAGCUUAUUUCUGCUUGACGUAUCCUCGCUUAAAGGAGGUGCUCCUGGCCGGACAAGAAGACUUAAUAUAUAUGCCAUCGACUCAUAAGACUAAAUGAGAUCAGCUACUUUGAAGUCCUUUAUAUUGAACCUGUCACUUAAAUUUUCAGUUUUGGAAUGAAUUAUAGGUUAAAUGUAUUGGUCUUGAAACCAAGUGGCUUUCUAGUUCGGUUUAAUGCAUAGAUGGGCACCUGGUUACCACCAUACUUGUCAGAAAAAUUUUGAGAGCUUAGUGAUGCAUGUUUCCAUGGACAUUCUUUAUUUUGUAGCUGAGAACUAAAUAAAUCUAGUCUUUGUAUUUAGA